CUCACUACUACCCCACCCUUCUUUUCCCUUCUUAAAUUCUUAAUAGUCAAAGUAUCGUUUUAUCACUUCAGAAGAUUGAAUGACCACUACAGUCACUAGUAACAAGGUGGAAGCCUCCUCCCGUAAGAAAGAAAAGACCCCGGUAGCUCCGGCCGCUGGGGCAGUGGCUAAUCUCGGUCCCGCUUUUGACCCCUUUGAUCAAGGUCAUCCUUUCAAGCCUUCAAACGGUCCUGCCACUCCUGAUUUGGAUGUUGGUGUAGGUAAAAGUGACAAAGUUCAUAUCCGUCUCCAACAACGAAAUGGUCGUAAAACCCUCACCACGGUUCAAGGUCUUCCGGACAAAUACGACUAUCGUAAACUUCUCAAAGUGAUGAAGAAAGAAUUUGCAUGUAACGGUACCAUAGUUCGCGAAGAAGAUGCCGAUUUGGAUGAAAAUACUCCUGCCGUCAAAAAGGGCGCUGGCCUGGGAGAUGUUUUGCAGUUUCAAGGUGAUCACAGGAUUCAAAUCCGUGAUUUCCUCAUUGCCAAGGGUUUCUAUACCGAAGCGGAAGCAAAGGAUAGCGUCAUUGUUCACGGCUACUAGACUCGUACAUGAUACGCCGCAAGCGGGCAGCAGCCUUUUAUACGCACGAUCAGUUUCUAUGAUGUAUUUGUUUCACAGA